AUGACUUUGAAUGACAAGCAAUUACCAAAAAAUUACAAGUCUGAUGUUGUCAAGACCUUUAUUUUUGGCAGUUCUUCAUGGACCCUCCUUCCAGUUCCCUCUCCUUGGUGGUCCCUCCUCUCUGGCCUUCUUUUGGGGAUCCUCCUUAGCUCCUUGGUGGACCCUUCUUUGGUGGAUCCUCCUUCCUGGCCUUUGGUGGGCCCUCCUUCCUGGCUCCUUCAUGGACCUUCCUCCCCGGCCUUUGGUGGACCCUCCUCCCUGGCUCCUUCGUGGACCUUCCUCCUGGCCUUCUUUGAUGGACCUUCCUCUCUGGCCUCCAUGGCUCCCAUCCCUGGCUUCUUUGGUGGUCCCUCUUUCAUGGUCCCUUCAAUUGGUGGAUAUUUUCCAACUUGA